AAAACACUAUUUGAAUUAUUCCCCCAUCAUUCUGUAGUUAGCUUAUAUUAUUUAUAGCGAGCAUUAACUCUGGUAGUCGUUUUAUCUUUUGUUACGGAAUUCUCUCAUCUUCGUCACGUGCCAGAGGUAAGCGAUCAAGCAGCCGACAGCCAGAAAGCGUAGUCUGCAACAGUGUUUAUUCAUAAAAAUUCUUCUGAUAAUAUUUGCUUCAAAAUUAUUGCAGAACCGCAAUUGUUAAAAACUAUUGACCUCUGCUUCGUAUGUGGCAACUGUCUAUAUCCUCCGAGCGCUCGGUGGCUGUACAAUAUUUUACGAUCUGACACGCGGAGGAACACUGGUUACUCUAGCCUCGCUCAUUCAGCAUCUGGUAGCGAUUUAUUUAAACCGUUAAAGCGUAAUUUCGAAAAAAAAAUUCAAAGAGUGGGAGCUUUUGUGCUUUGUGUUGCGUGUAGUGGUUGCAGUUAAAAAGAUUGACAACGGAGGCGCUUCUGAAUAUUAUGCUGCGUCGUUCUGGCGUUUACAUCGUGAACGAACCACAACACGCAGACGACACAGAGGAGGAGAAGACGACAGGAAGCAACUCAGAGAGUGAAACGAAGCUCAACAUGGAGGAGGAAGGGGGCGCUAAGACUGUGGAUGACAUGACCGGAAACACGGACACUAUGCCGGUGGACACGUCUACCCCACUUCCCGGAGCUAAGCCUAGGAAACAAAAACAAAAAGUGCCAUCUGUCUACAGGUCCGCCCUGGUGAAAUUAGUGUGUGGUAUCUACGCCCUGAUUAUUGUGGUGCUUGGUGUGGUGUUCGCGGUGGCGACCUCACUGACUUCCGUGGAGAGGGUCCAUCAAUACUACCUAGAGGUGUUUCUGGUUUACCUGUACGCCACCUCACUCGGAAUUUUAUUCUAUUUCUUACUCUGCCUCCUCAGCGGUGUCAAGGCCAAAAACAAUUUCUAUGACAACAACGUUCGCGUUUCAGUCAGAAACGAUGGCAGCGUCAACAAGUCUCCCACAGCGUCACCACUUCCGGUUCGCGCGUCACCCGACGACAAAACGCCAUUAGAUCUCGAUAAAAAGGAAUCUAACGCCGAGCAGAUUUCUCUUGCCGCCAUCAGCUAUCAAAGUCACUUUGAACUUCCACCUCCAGGCGGGGUCGCGCAUGUCGGGGAGGGAAUCAAUUUUUACCUGCGUCUUGGAGCUUUAGCCUUCGCCUUUGGUAGCGUUACUUUGGAUGGACUCCACAUCGCUACUUAUUUUGAAACCAUUACGACAGAAACAUGCGAAAGCGAAAUCUUCAUCCUCGUUUACGUCAUGCAUUUGUUGUUCACAUUCGUUCAGACUUUCUUCAUUUUCAAGAACCACAAGCUUGUGAUAAAUAAGCAGAAACCAUUCGUCCGGUUCGGAAUGAUGCAUCUAAUGGCGACCAAUAUCUGUGUGCUUAUUGUUACGGCGGUGAUGGAAACGAAUGAAGAUUACCGACAGCAGAACUACUCCGCCAAUAAUACGACGACUAGGGAAACGAAGAGUUGCUAUGAGGAAGUCACGCUGGCGAGGUCAGCAUCACCUUAUUUAUUCCCCUGCACCAUCAUCUACAGCAUCAUCGGGGCUGGCAUCAUCUAUCGUCUGUAUCAGUACAUCGGGGUCCGUAUUAAGCAGAGGUGGCCUAGCCACACGUCCUUCACAAGUUCGGCUCCCACGGGUGCGUCCGCUAUCGACUGCGACAAGGCAAACAAGGGCUUGUUUCUUGGUCUGCUGGUCGCGGUCUUCACGCUUAUAGCUAUUGCCACAUUUUUUGUCUUCGAAAGUCGUCUUCAAGACAUGUUCACCGCCGUCAAAGUAUUGUUCACCACGGAAAUCGUUCUUAUGUUCAUCACGGGUGUCGGGAUAGCCUGGGGGUACAUUAGACUGUCUAAGCUGAAGUUCAUUACGUCACUCUUCCUCUCUGUGGACUCUGUGCUGCUGCUCGUGGCACUUGCAGGCUCGUACAUAUACCUGUGCUUUAAGCUUAUUGCUGUAUCCUCUUCUCUACAAGGAAACAUUGCGGGGAUACUGUCACUUAUCACCACGAUAUUCUCCAUCUGCCAAAUCACCGAACAAACGGUGUUUAUACUGGAUGGUCUCUGCAGAUGUGCUGAAAAUGACAAUCAAAUGAUGCAGAAGCCCGGAAGAGCAGUAGUUACGUUUCUUCUCGUCUGCAAUUUGGCACUCUGGGUUGUGGGCAUGUUUGAAGUGAAGAAAACGAGAGUUGUUCGAUUACACGAGGAAUUUUACGGAAUUCUCGCGUGGAACAUUAUCACUCAUCUCUGUGUGCCUCUAAUUAUAUUCUUCCGUUUCCAUUCAGCAAUUUGUCUGUCAAAAAUUUGGUACAAUGCAUACCAGAAGGAAAAAACUGCAUAAAUACGGGAAAAGUUCAGUAAAGGAGGGCAGCAACUGCAAACAAUGUAUAUUCCACUGAAAGGGGCACAGACUUAAUGGUGAUUACCAAACACUAGAAAAGCAGGGAAAUACAACGUAAUGGUAGCUAUAGGUUGGCUCUCAGAGACAAAAUUGAUUAAGUGUGGAGAAAAUGCACUCAUUUUCAGAAUGCAAACAUAACAUGUCACAGAGUGCAGUGUCAUCAGACUGGGUCGACACGUCUUGAGAGAAGCGUACAUGGACCAUUAUGGGAAAUGAAGAUAUAUAUAAUGUAUAGGGUACACAACAUUGCCGUAAUUAGAUGAUAGCCUCGUAUUUAACAUAGUGUACAUAGCUCUGCACGACGCUAUUGUAUAUAUCGUAGACAGUUAAUGUAAACCACAUUACACCAAUUGCACAAAUUAUUCCGUUCCUACGUGCCGAUUUGUUGCACGAGUCUAUAAACACGGGACGAGUAGUUGGAAUUUAUGUGAGAUCGGAGCUGCAUGUUGCGCUCCAUGUGCGUUAAUGGUGCAUAAUUACUGAAUCAUCACGUGAUGAUGGAUCCAUUUUCUACUUUUUGUACUUUUAUUUAUACAGUAUUUUAUCUUAUACUGGAAUAAAAUAUUCAUAAUAAAA